AUGCCUUCCAGCCGUUCACCAGCUCCAUCGCAGCCUAUACUUCAUCGUGUCGGAUUAGUAGGAGCGGCUGCCCGCUUCUACCAUCGCUCCUAUGCGGCGGAUUACAUUACGCUGGGGGUUCUCGCGCUAGGCUGGCUGAUGAUUCAAUUCUUCAUUCAUCCUUUUCAUCGCAUGUUUUCGCUUGACAAUCGGGCUAUUCAAUAUCCAUUUGCAGUCCAUGAGCGGGUACCAGUUGGCAUGUGCGUUGUGUACGCCGGUGUCAUCCCUUUGCUCAUCAUUUUAAUCUGGUCGGCAACGCUGCAUCCUGGAGUCCACAAGACGCAGGUCACUAUGUUGGGGCUCUUGGUAGCGCUGAUACUCACUUCUUUCCUGACGGACGUGAUCAAAAACGCUGCAGGACGACCUCGCCCAGAUCUCCUCUCGCGAUGCAAGCCGUCUCGAGGAACGGCAGCUAAUGCGCUAGUCGCAUGGACUGUGUGUACCGAGUCCAAUCAACACAUCUUGCAAGAGGGUUGGCGCAGUUUUCCCAGUGGCCAUAGCAGCUUUGCCUUCAGUGGAUUGAAUUAUCUUACACUCUUCCUAUGUGGGCAAAUGCACGUCCUUCGACCGCGAACCGACCUUGCUCGAUGCCUGGUGGCGUUUUUCCCACUUCUAUGCGCUGCACUGAUUGCCAUUUCUCGCCUGGAUGAUUAUCGACAUGAUGUCUGGGACGUGACGUGCGGUGCUUCUUUGGGGCUGCUGGUCAGCUGGUUUUCGUACCGGCGUUACUACCCUUCUUUGCGUUCCGUCCAUUGCGACUGCCCCCACGAUAAAGCUGAUCUCACCGAGUCUGACGGGUUUAGCAAGUUGAAUGACGAAGAACAAGCCCUGAGCUAA